GCGCGCGCGACUCUCCAUGGCGAUUGGCGAAGCUGUUUUUCCGGUGGCACUGCAACGUGGCAGUGCAUCGUGAUCCGUGCUCUUUUUGUCUGAAUAAUUGUGAAUAAUAUUUGUACGUCUUUUAUUUUAAUAUCUAUUUUUUAUUCAAUUUUUUUGUUCACGAAAAAAAAAAAAAAAAAAAAAAUUGAGCGAUGAACUUACGGAUGAUACGUGCCACGCCCCAGUGCCAAGAGUUGUGUGUGUUUCUGUGUGUAGAUAAAAGAAACAUGUAUAUAUAAAAAAGAAAGUACAUGUAAGUACAUAUAAGUACCAACUUGCAUCUCUACAUACAGCUACUUGCAUCUCUACUUGCAUCUUUAGUGAGAAGUGACUACGAACAAGCGCUCGUAUAAUUUUCAUCGCAUUCAUUCGCUCAUGGACUCCAUAAAACUAAACUUGGCUAAUUAAAAAAAUAUAUUAAAUUAUUUACAAAAAUUUUCGACGUUUUAUAUUAUUAUUAAUAAAACAAUUUGUGUACAACGAUGAGGUUAUUUUUUGUUGAUUUAAAAAAAAAUAGUGAUUAUAAAAAACGUGUUAAAAAAAAAAAUAGCAUAUCUAUGAAUCAUUGGAGUUUCUAUGUGGAACGAAUGGAGUUGUGGGGACAAAAUUUUUUCGACAGAAAAGUUCGGAGGCUAGCCGUAUUUUUCAUAUUAAACUCAAUUUUAAACCAAUUUGCGCAUUCGUAGGAAUUUUUUCCGUAUUUUUCUCGUGAUCCUGAGAAAAUUUCCUAUAAGAAACCAACAAAAAAAUUAAAUUGUGCAUGUGAUGAACAGUAUGCCGGCCAAAAGCAAGCAUCAUCAUUAUUAAAAAACGCAUCAUCAACAACAUCAUCAGCAAACGCAACACAUUAGAAGCCAAGCUGGAGUAACCUGCACACCACAAUCUUAUAACACCGCUGUAGCCAAUCGUACAUACGUCACUCAUGCCUUGGAGAAUGGGGAUGAACUAACGGAUGUUACGUGUCGCGCCUCUUGGCCUAGCAACACCAGUGCUAAAAGUUGUGUGUGUUUAUGUGUGUAGAUAAUACAUGUAUACAUAAAAAAAGUACAUGUAGAGUGAGUGCCGAGUGGUGUUUGAACUGUAAAGUGUGUAAACUGUCUUUUCAAAUUUCAUCGUCGUCGCUCAUCGACUUGCAUCGACUCCCAUAAAACAUAACUUGGCUAUGGCUAGUUAAAAAAAUAUAUUAAAUUAUUUAAAGAAAUUUCUAACGUUUAAUAUUAUUAUUAACAAAACGGGUUGUGUAAAACAACGAUGAGGAUAGUUUUUUUUUUAUUUAAAAUAAAUAUAGUGAUUAUAAAAAACGUCUCUAUGUGGAACGAUAGGAGUUGUGAUGCUAAAAUUUUUUAGUUAUAAGUUAUAAGUAAUAAAAGUUCGGAGGCUAAAUUGUGUUUGUGAGCAGUAUGCCGGCCAAAUAUCAUGAUCAACAAUCGCAGCAGAAACAACUACAGCAACAUCAUCAUCAAGAACAGCAGCAGCAUAAUCAGCAAACCCAACAUAUUUUAUAACACCGCUGUAGCCAAUCGUGCAUACGUCACUCAUGCCAUGAUGUUAAUCGAUAUGCAAAAAUUCCUUGGAAAGACGUCAAGGUUGGUGACCUUAUACAUUUAUCAAACAAUGAAAUUGUACCAGCUGAUUUAUUGUUAUUACGAAGCAGUGAUCCUCAGGGUUUUGCACUUUUGGAUAAUUGUAAUUUAGACGGUAAAACAAAUCUUAAACAACGACAAGUUGUUAAAGGAUUUUUAGAUAUUCAAGAUACAUUUCAACCAUCAAAAUUUCGCUCAGUUGUUGAAGUUGAUCAAUCAAGCACAAAAAUUUACAGGUUUUAUGGAGCUGUUGUACAUCCAAAUGGUACCAGAGUACCAGUGACAACUGAAAAUAUUUUAUUACGUGAAUGUUUAUUAAAAAAUACGGAUUUCAUCGAGGGAAUUGUUGUUUAUGCUGGUCACGAAACAAAAGCUAUGCUAAACAAUGGUGGUCCACGUUAUAAACGUUCAAGAUUAGAACGACAAAUGAAUCUUGAUAUAAUAUGGUGUGUUUUGAUACUAAUUGUAUUGUGUAUUGUUGGAGCUGUUGGUUGUAAAUUAUGGCUAUCAACAUUUAAAACAACUACCUCUGAGCCUUUUUCGUCAGAUUUUAGUAAUUCAAAUUACGAGGGUAUAUUAACAUUUUUAACAUUUGUUAUAAUACUUCAAGUUAUGAUACCACUUAGUUUAUAUGUUACAAUGGAAAUGGCUAAAGUUGGACAAGUUUAUCAUAUUGGUCAUGAUACUGAACUUCAUGAUCCUGAAACUGGACGUAAAGCUGAAUGUCGAGCUUUAAAUAUCACUGAAGAAUUGGGUCAGAUACAAUAUGUAUUCUCAGACAAAACUGGAACAUUGACAGAAAAUAAAAUGAUAUUUCGAAGGUGUAUUGUUGGUGGUCAAGAUUACACAGCCACAUCGUGACAUCAUGAAUUCAAGCGGGAAAAAUCGACACUGUUGUGCCACAAUAUGCACGCAAAGAGAAGGAGAAGGAGAACGAUUAUGGCUGAAAAAUAGUUAUAGUUGAAUAAGUAUAUAAAAAAUUUUAUUUAAUUUUUUUUUUUUUUUUUUAUUCUUCUGAGGGGAGAGGGACUUUGAGAAUUGUGCAACGUGAUAUGUUAUAUCAGUUGUCAUCAACAAAUUGAUAAAGAAUUUCUUCAAUAAAAUGUUCGUAAAAAAUAUACAUCAUUAAUAAUAUUAUUUUUUAUUUUACAGUUUCAAGACCAAGUACCAAGUCAGGACUAUAGUUGGCUUUGAUGGUCCAGCAACGAAAAUUCGUAUUUACUUUUCUUUAAUGUCAUCGAGUGCUGAUG